GGUAUUGAUAUUAUUGAUAAUACUGAAACAGAUGAAGAAAGGCUAAGAAACUGCACGUGUGAAUGCGGUUUAGCUAAUCAAGAGAAUCGAAUAGUGGGUGGACGUCCUACGCUACCGAAUAGGUAUCCCUGGAUUGCAAGGCUAGUGUAUGAUGGUCGUUUCCACUGUGGUGCUAGUCUGCUCAAUAACGAUUAUGUAAUUACCGCUGCUCAUUGUGUACGGAAUUUAAAACGAUCGAAAAUUCGAGUAGUACUCGGUGAUUACGAUCAAUACGUAAAUACUGAUGGAACUCCUGUUAUGAGAGCAGUGAGUGUUGUAAUACGUCAUAGAAAUUUUGAUAUGAACUCCUACAAUCACGACGUAGCUUUAUUAAAAUUACGCAAGUCCGUGAAAUUUUCGAAAAAGAUUCGACCAAUCUGUUUACCUCAACCAGGAACCGAUCCUGCUGGAAAAGAAGGGACAGUAGUAGGAUGGGGUCGUACUUCGGAAGGAGGCAUGCUGCCUGGAAAAGUGCAGGAGGUGCAAGUCCCUAUACAUAGCUUGACGCAAUGUCGAAAAAUGAAAUAUCGAGCAAAUCGAAUUACCGAAAAUAUGAUUUGCGCCGGCCGAAGUAACCAGGAUUCUUGUCAAGGAGACAGUGGUGGUCCUCUUCUUGUUCAAGAAGCCGAUAAGCUUGAAAUAGCAGGUAUAGUGUCUUGGGGUGUGGGAUGUGGUAGACCAGGUUAUCCCGGAGUUUACACGAGAGUAACUCGAUAUCUCAAAUGGAUCCAUACAAACAUGAAGGAAGGCUGUCUGUUACUUCAGACAUCCUGGGAACGUAGGGACAUUUUCUCGACGUCUUCAGAAUGUCCUUUAAAUGCCUGUGCUGCCAAAAUGUUUGAUGAGAAGAUAAAGAAUUUCUUUGGAGUUUUUGGUAAUAAGCCACCUUACUCUACUGAAUCACCUGCGCCCUGCUACUGUAGUUGUGGAUUACGGAAUGAAGAAAGUCGUAUAGUUGGAGGUCAAACGACAAGUAUGAAUGAGUUUCCAUGGAUGGCUAGAUUAUCGUACCUAAACAAAUUUUACUGUGGUGCUACACUUAUAAACGAUCGCUACGUUGUCACGGCCGCACAUUGCGUGAAGGGUUUUAUUUUCAGAUUCAUGUGGUUCAUGAUCAAAGUUACUUUCGGGGAGCACGACAGAUGUAUCGAGAAAUCACCGGAAACCAGAUAUGUAGUGCGCGUUAUGACUGGUGACUUCAGCUUCCUGAAUUUUGAAAAUGAUAUCGCAUUGCUUCGUCUUAAUGAAAGAGUGCCAUUGAGCGAUACAAUACGGCCGAUAUGUUUACCGACAAUGUUAGAUAACGAAUAUGUAGAAGCAAAAGCAAUUGUGUCAGGUUGGGGUACAUUGAAAGAGGAUGGCAAACCUUCCUGCCUUCUCCAGGAAGUAGAAGUUCCAGUCAUGAGUCUUCAGGCUUGUCGCAAUACCAGCUACAGUGCCCGAAUGAUUUCAGAAAAUAUGCUAUGCGCAGGUUAUCUUGAAGGACAAAAAGACUCAUGUCAGGGAGAUAGUGGUGGGCCUCUAAUAACAGAACGAGAAGAUAAAAAAUACGAACUCAUCGGUGUGGUGUCUUGGGGUAAUGGAUGCGCAAGACCUGGUUAUCCAGGUGUAUAUACAAGAGUUACACAAUAUAUGGAUUGGAUUUUGAAAAAUUCAAAGGAUGGCUGUUUCUGUGAGCAUAAUUGAUUAUGACUCAGCGAUUGUUAAUCAUAAAUAUGAUAAAAAGAGACAAAUGACAAAUGACUUUACGUACUAUUGUAUGUAUAAGUUCUUUAAAUUCUCGUGCUCUGUUCUCAGGAUAUAUAUGAUAUUUUUGUCAUGAUAUUUUUUUAUAUAAGGAAAUAGAUAACGGACUCAAAUAAUUAAAAUUAAAAUAGAUAAACAAUAAAAGAACUACGAGCCAAGCUGGAUGUUCGUUGCUAACUCAAAGCGAAGCCGAAAUGUUCGUUUAUACAUUUUAAUUUAAAUAUAAAUUUAUAGUUACGCACGGACAACUGCAUUUCGAUUCUCAU